AUGCGGCUGCCCGUGCAGGCCUCCCCCGAGGGGCUGGACGCCGCCUUCGUCGGGGUGCCCUUGGACAUUGGGACCUCCAACCGGCCUGGGGCAAGAUUUGGACCCCGUCGGAUCCGCGAGGAAUCAGUGCUGCUUCGGACAGCCAACCCUAGCACUGGAGCCCUCCCCUUCCAGUCCCUCAUGGUUGCAGACCUGGGCGAUGUGAAUGUCAAUCUUUACAACCUUCAGGACAGCUGCCGCCUAAUUCGAGAGGCUUAUCAGAAAAUUCUAGUAGCCGGCUGUAUUCCUCUGACCUUGGGUGGCGAUCACACCAUCACAUAUCCUAUAUUGCAAGCAAUGGCAGAAAAGCACGGUCCCGUGGGGCUGGUGCAUGUGGACGCUCACAUGGACACAGCCGACAUGGCCCUGGGGGAGAAGCUCUAUCACGGGACGCCCUUCCGCCGUUGCGUGGACGAGGGACUCCUGGACUGUAAGCGUGUGGUGCAGAUUGGCAUCCGGGGCUCUUCCACAACCUUGGAUACCUACAGAUACAGCCGGAGUCAGGGCUUCCGGGUGGUGCUGGCUGAAGACUGCUGGCUGAAGUCACUGGUUCCUCUGAUGGGGGAAGUGAGACAGCAGAUGGGAGGCAAACCCAUUUACAUCAGCUUUGAUAUUGACGGCUUGGAUCCCGCCUAUGCCCCGGGGACAGGGACGCCUGAAAUUGCUGGUCUCACGCCUAGUCAGGCUCUGGAGAUCAUCCGGGGUUGUCAAGGCCUGAACGUGGUGGGUUGUGAUCUUGUGGAAGUUUCACCGCCAUAUGAUCCUUCUGGAAACACAGCCCUCCUAGCGGCUAACCUGCUGUUUGAGAUGCUGUGUGCUCUCCCCAAAGUGACAGUCGUCUGAACCUUGUACUUUUCCAGCUAAAACAACAAACUACAUGGAUGACAAAUUCUCCGGACGAAUUUAUGCACAAGCUGUCUGAGUACAAGAGUUUAUGCCAAUAAAACUUUCCAUCAGAAGUGUCA